UUGCGGUCACAGAUUAGGAUCCAGGAAACGUCAGGGACAGCAAGCGCUGAGACACAAGAGGGCAGGGAGGCAUGGCCCAAGUAGAGUCUGCCCUAGAGAGCUACUUUGAUCGGAACUGUUUUCCUCCGCAACCUGGGUCCUGAUCUAACCCAAGCAAGAGUGAAGGCUGGAAGCAGUGAGCCUUGUACGCUCACUAGUAAGUGUCAGGCAUGGGGUUCCCAUGGGCCUGGACCUGAGCACUAACGAGAAGAGAAGCUCGUGGACUGAGACAGGCCUGCAACAAUGGCAUGAGGAUCGCGGAGGCUGAGGUGCCUCCGUACCGCACGGAAAACCAGAGCUGCUGGAACGCAGAACGGGAGUAUUACGAGCCCAGGUAUCAGACUUGCUGCUCCCGCUGCCCGCCAGGCAAGUAUGUCUCUGCCGAAUGCAGCCGAACCCAGGACACAGUCUGCGCCACGUGUGCCCAAAAUUACUACAACGAGCACUGGAACCACCUCUCCUUCUGCCAGCUGUGCCGCCCCUGUGACUCUGUGCUAGGCUUCGAGGAGGUUGCCCCCUGUACCAGUGAUCGCCAGCCUGAGUGCCGCUGCCAGCCAGGGAUGUUCUGCGUCCACUGGAACAACGUGUGUGAACACUGCGAACGGCUUCCCACGUGCCCACCUGGCAUGGAGGCAGAGAUGACAGAUGACGCUACAGAGACUGAUAUCAACUGUGUCCCCUGCAAGGAAGGGUACUUCCAGAACACUUCCUCUCCCAGGGCCCUCUGCCAACCCCACACCAGGUGUGAAGACCAGGGCCUGGUGGAGGCUGCUCCGGGGACUGCCCAGUCUGACACGCGUUGCAAAAAUCCACCAGGACACAUGCUGCUGCUGACCAUCCUGCUGCCCCUGGGCUGCUUCCUGCUCUUCAGUGCCGCGCUGGCCUGCACCUGGACGCGGCACCCCUCCGUGUGCAGGAAGCUGGGAACUCUGCUCAAGAGGCAUCCAGAGGGAGAAGCCGUCUCACCGGCUCCCAGAGUCAACCCCUGUUUCCCCGACCAGGCACAGCCACUCCUACCCGGCCCCCGAGACUUGUCUCCGCCUCCCGACAGAGCUCCCGAGGUGCGGGAGGAAGUGAGGCUCCAACAGCAGAGUCCACUGGGCCAGGUGGAGCCAGAGGCUGAGGCUGCGGAGCAGGGCCAGGUGGCUCACGGUGCGAAUGGGAUUCACGUCACCGGAGGCUCCGUCACAGUCACUGGCAACAUCUACAUCUACAACGGGCCAGUGCUGGGGGGCGCAAGGGGCCCUGGAGAUCCCCCAGCUCCCCCUGAGCCUCCGUAUCCCACUCCUGAAGAGGGGACCCCUAGCCCUUCUGAGCUUUCUACACCCUACCAGGAGGAUGGCAAAGCUUGGCAUCUGGCUGAGACAGAGACACUGGGAUGCCAAGACCUUUAACAGGACUCCAGGGAGCCAGCUUAUCCCCUACGCCUGAUGUUGUGUGUGAACAGCAAGGAGAAGGCUCAAGCGCUUCUCCUUGAGGCUGCCCCACCCACACAGGACUCACAGGGGCCUGGGUGGGCGAUGCGAGGCUGACCCUAAAAGGCCUGGGCCUCACAGGCACCUGGGGGCUGGGCCGGGUGCCGGUCCUGCCCCAAGACUCUCACCGCUGGCCUUAGCAAGCCUGCGAGCUCAGUGCGGACGCGCCUGACCCUCCGGGCUGCACUGGCUCAGCCUCGGGCGCAGACAAGGGCAUGUGAUGCCAGCUGCUGCCAGCCGUGGCACUCUGCACCCUAAGCAUGGCACAGGAGGAAGCCAGUCCCAAGGUCACACGUAAGGACUUCGUGGGCACCUCCCAAGUCUCUGCGGUACUCAUCCCAACCUUCAGAGGCAGAGGCCCUGAGGGCCCGUGCCACGUGGACUGGGCAGACUGGUGAGGAUGAAAUCUCCUGAGACUCUCCUGAGGGAGGAGAGCGAGUUAGUGAGAAUGGGGGUUUGGGGGGCAUUAGCGAAUGGGAGGAGAACGGCAAGUGCAUUUUAUAAAUUGUAAUCACAGGCAAAUAAAUCUGAGAUUGAGA